GUCAGCAGUCUCUGGUCAUUCCCUUCACUGUCCACAGUCUCUGGUCAUUCCUGCACUGUCUGCAGUCUCUGGUCAUCCCUGCACUGUCUGCAGUCUCUGGUCAUUCCUGCACUGUCCGCAGUCUCUGGUCAUUCCCUGCACUGUCCGCAGUCUCUGGUCAUUCCCUGCACUGUCCGCAGUCUUUGGUCAUCCCUGCACUGUCCGCAGUCUCUGGUCAUUCCCUGCACUGUCCGCAGUCUCUGGUCAUUCCCUGCACUGUCCGCAGUCUCCGGUCAUCUCCUGCACUGUCCGCAGUCUCUGGUCAUUCCCUGUACUGUCCGCAGUCUCUGGUCAUCCCUGCACUGUGUGUCUCUGGUCAUCUCCUGCACUGUGUCUCAGUCUCUGGUCAUCUCCUGCACUGUGUCCGCAGUCUCUGGUCAGCUCCUGCACUGUGUCCACAGUCUCUGGUCAGCUCCUGCACUGUGUCCGCAGUCUCUGGUCAUCUCCUGUACUGUGUCCGCAGUCUCUGGUCAGCUCCUGCACUGUGUUCGCAGUCUCUGGUCAUCUCCUGUACUGUGUCUGCAGUCUCUGGUCAUCUCC